ACUUUUGAGCAUGAACGGUGCAGCGUUUGCGCGAAUGCAUUGCAUUCAUCCAGCCAGAGAAUCAACAAAGUUGCGCAAAUGCUGCCUUUUCAGACACGCUGAAUCGAACGCGAAUAAAUACAUUGGCAACAAACAACAUAUUCGGGCUUCAGCUGAUUGGUUGACCUUAUGGACCGCUUGGCAUGUUUUGGAAAUGACCCUUCUGACAAGCCCCCAUGUCGAGGUUGCUCAUCUAACCUGGUGGAACCCUACAUAAAAUGUGCUGAGUGUGGACCCUCACCGUUCCUUCUAUGUCUCCAGUGUUUUACCAGAGGGUUUGAGUUCAAGAAACAUGAGAGUGAUCACAAGUAUGAAAUAAUGACGUCAGACUUCCCUGUGCUGGAACCUGGCUGGACAGCGCAGGAAGAGAUGGCCGUACUGGAAGCAGUUAUGGACUGUGGCUUUGGGAACUGGCAGGAUGUAGCGUAUCAGAUGCGAACCAAAAGCAAGGAGGAGUGUGAGGCCCACUACAUGAAGAACUUCAUCAACAAUCCCCUGUUCUCCUCCACCCUGCUCAAUCUCAGACAGAUAGAGGAGGCUCGUACUGCAGACACAGCCAUUCCCUUCAAACCCACUGACGAUCCCCCCAGGCCCACCUUUGACUCUCUGUUGUCUCGAGACAUGGCUGGAUACAUGCCUGCCAGAGCAGACUUCAUGGAGGAAUUUGACAACUAUGCUGAGUGGGAUCUGAAAGACAUUGAUUUUGUGGAUGAUGACUCAGACCUACUACAUGCGUUGAAGAUUGCUGUUGUUGACAUAUACCAUUCAAGGUUAAAGGAGAGAGGUAGAAGAAAGAAGAUCAUCAGGGACCAUGGACUGAUCAACCUGAGGAAGUUCCAGAUCCUGGAGCAUCGCUACCCUAAGGAGGUACAGGAUCUGUAUGAUGCUAUGAGACGUUUCGCCAGGGUGGUGGGCCCUAUCGAACACGACAAGUUCAUAGAGAGUCAUGCAUUGGAGUUUGAGCUGAGGAGAGAGAUUGGCAGGCUGCAGGAGUACAGGAGAGCAGGCAUCCAGUCUUUCUGCAGUGCCAAGGUGUAUGAGCGUGUGAAGCACGUGCGGGAGGAUGAGCGGAGGAAGAGGACCAUGCUAGUUGAUGUGCUGCAGUACAUUCAGGACGGACGGGCCUGCCAGCAGUGGCUCAGCAAACAGGCUGACAUUGAUGCUGGUAUCACUCCUGUUGUCAUCACCACAUCAGCAACAGGCAGGAGAAGCGCCCCUCCUCUCAACCUGACCGGCCUGCCAGGGACAGAGAAGCUCAACGACAGGGAGAAAGAGCUGUGCCAGGUGGUGCGUCUGGUGCCAGGUGCCUACCUGGAGUACAAGCAGGCCCUGCUGAACGAGUGCAGGCGGCAGGGUGGUCUACGGCUGGCACAGGCCCGGGCACUCAUCAAGAUCGACGUCAACAAGACACGCAAGAUCUACGACUUCCUGAUCAAGGAGGGCUACAUCAACAAGACCUAGGCCAGCCUGAGACCAAGGUUGUGUCAUAAAUGGAACCCGAUUCCCUAAAUAGUGCGCUACUUUUGACCAGAGCCGGGUACUAUUUGGGACGCAUCCAGAGUCAGAACUGUUCCAGCAGAGGUCGGCUGGACUGGACACUAACUGAUACGUUUUAUUCUCAUGUUGUCUUGGUGAAAUGAUGCUGUCAUGUGUUGUGAGAACUACGUUUCAAUGCCCUUCCUUUGAAAGAAAAACAAAGAAUUCUACACUAGAUUUACAAAAGUAUGUGGACACCCCUUAAAAUUAGUUGAUUCUGCUAUUUCAGCCACACCCGUUACUGACAGGUGU